AUGAAUAAGGAAAACUUUCGUUUCUACAUCAAAGUACGCACUGCACUUAAUAUUCCAGCAAGAAUUAUUUACGAUGAAUUAUGUUCUGUUUUUGGCGAUCAAGCUCCUGCACUUAGGACGGUGGAAUGGUGGUCUAAAUUAUUUCGAGAAGGAAGAGAAGAUGUUGAAGAUGAAGAAAGACCUGGCAGACCUAUAACCGAGACAACAUCUGAAAAUAUCGAGCAAGUUCGUAGCCUUAUCAAUGAUAAUCCUCAUAUUACAAUACAAGAAAUGGAGGUUCAAACUGGUUUCAGCCAUGGCACUAUCCAUCGAAUAAUAUCCGAUCAUCUGAAUUUGAAGAAACUCACUGCUCGUUACAUACCUAAGCAGCUGACUGAUUCACAAAAAGCUGAACGAGUUCGAAUAUGCAAAGAAAAUUUAGAAAAAUUCGAAUCAGGUGCAUGGAGAUUAUGUGAUGUUAUAACAGGUGAUGAAUCAUGGUUUUAUCAUAAACACAUUGGUCGAAAGUUGUCCAAUUCUGCUUGGGUUUCAAGAAAUGAUCCGCCACCUACUGUAGUACGACAAAGUCCUUAUGCCCCAAAAACCUUAAUGAUCAUCUUUUUCAAAUCAACUGGUCCUGUUUUUAUUCAUCAUGUAGAACGGGAGCAGACUAUCGACCAUCGGUACUAUAUCGAUAAUUGUUUAGAACCUCUUAUUGAUAACAUCAAAAGACAACGUCCUACUUGUGGUGUCCAGAGUAUCAAACCUCAUUACGAUAAUGGGCGACCACAUGUUCAUAAGGAAGUAUCAAAUUAUCUUGAAUCGGAAGGUAUUACAAUAAUCAAACAUCCACUUUAUUCUCCAGAUUUGGCACCGUGUGAUUUUUGGCUAUUCGAUUUUAUCAAACAAAAUAUACCCGAUCAAAGUGAUUCAGAAUUGUUACAUCAGGCUGUAUCCGACUUCAUGAACUCCUUAAGUAAAGAAGAAUACAGAAAAACAUUCGAUAAAUGGAUUCAAUGUAUGCGCUUAUGCGUGGAUAAUCGCGGCGAUUACUUCGAACAUUUGAUGAAAUAA